AUGGAAAGUUAAUAAGCAGUGAUAGAAAGAUAUUUUGUGGCAGACUCUGACAACUCCACUCUUGCAACUAUUGAAACAAAUGAUGAUGGACAGUUUGAGUUGGAAUUGAAGGAAAAGAUUGCUCUCACACAUGACACUAACAAAUUCAUAUUUAAAUUGCCAGAUGAGAACUAAGUGUUAGGACUUAAUGUUUGCGGACAUUUAAUAUUUCAUUUACCACUUGAAGAUGGCGAUUCAAUUUCUAGAAAAUAUACUCCAGUCAGUCAACUAAAUGAAAGAGGAACUGUAACAUUCGUAAUAAAGACAUAUAAAAAAUGUGAUGAGUUUCCCAACGGUGGUAAGAUGUCACAACAUCUAGAGAGCUUAGAAGUAGGGGCAAAAGUUAAGAUGGAGGGACCUUUCGGAUUACUAGCUUAUAUUGGAUUCGGAACUUUUACAUUGAAAAAGACGAAAAUUUAGAAAACUAAAAUAGGCAUAAUAGCAGGUGGUACAGGAAUCACUCCGUGCUUCCAACUCGUCUAAGCUUCAACUCUAGCUGAUGAUGGGCUCUAGAUGGUAAUGCUUUACUCAAACAAAUCCAAGGAUGAUAUCCUAGUUAAAGAUGAACUUGAUUAACUUUCUUAGUAAAAUACGAACAAUCUCAAACUCUACCAUACAUUGACUAGACAUGACGAUGAAAAACAUGGAGAAUGGACAGGUUUAAAAGGUAGAGUAUCAGCAGAACAUAUAAAGUAAUGCCGAUUCCCAGAACCAUCCUCAGAUACCUUGAUAGUGUACUGUGGACCUGCUGCUUUUGGUAAGACAGUUGAAGAAGUUUUGACUAGUCUUGGGUAUACAAAGGAAAUGAUGCACAAAUUCUGA